UGGCGUUGUGCCGUCGGGUCGCGUCAGUCGAACGUCCGGAGUCAUUGUGGCCACACGCCCUGCUGCCAACAUAACGGAACUGAAUGUUGUUGUCACGUGGCAAACGUCACAUGCGGCGGGAAAGUUUUGGCAGCCGCGUGCGUUUCCGAACGCAAUCAAACUUUUUCGGCGGCGUGUUUUUUACCGGCCAGUGCUGAACUUUUUAUUGAAAUGACUCGGAUUAAAGUCUUUUUUGUGUAGUUUCGCAGUGUUUUUGGGGACUUUUUUUUAAUAACGUGGUCAUUAUGAACGUGUGUGGGGUAAUCGCGCUCGGCUUCGGCUUCCUGCUGGUUUUCCCGAGCCCUUCCUGCUCUAACUCUGAUAAUAUGGGGUCCCUCCUAGGAACACUGAAGUUAAUGCAGCGGGCAUCCUGCGAUGAUGACGAGGUAGCCCUGGCGUGUCCAGCCACCACCACCAUCAGCAUACAGGUGGCUCAGUACGGGAAGGCGAGCAACAACUACAUGUGCGACACAGGCCUGCCCACGGUGGAGGAUGAUGAGAACUGUCUGUGGCCUAAUACUAUGCAGUACUCGCUGCUACAAACAGUCGUGGAGGCGUGCCAGAAGAAGCCAGAAUGCAAGUUCAGCACCAAGCCAAGACCAGGGCUGGAGGACCCCUGUCCUCACACUAGGAAGUUCGUCGACGUGGCUUACAAGUGCAGACCUUACGAAUUCCGCAGCCGGACCUGCUGUCAAGAUGACCACAUCAAGUUGAGUUGUAAACCGUACUCAAGAGUGGCGAUAUUCGAUGCUUUGUACGGCAGAAACGCGUAUGAACCAAUCACGUGCCAUCAGACUGGAAUGCACAAUGAAACAUGCAUAGCGCCUCAUACCCUUGACACCGUGAUGCAGAUAUGUCAUGGGAAGCGAAGGUGCCUGAUCGAAGCCAGCGAUAGGGUGUUUGGUGCGCCAUGCAACUCGUCUACGAGGACCUACUUGAAAGUUAUUUACGCUUGUGUGCAGUUAGGUGUUCUCAUGGAGAAGUACGAAAGUAAAUUAGAAGAAGACGAAAUACCGAAUGGUAAAAACAAAAUGAAAACUGACAAUGAUAACUUUUUCGACGAAACAGAAUGGGUAGGCGAAAGGUGGGAGCAAAUCAACCCAGCCUUGCCGAUGCCUGAAGAACCGACGGUCGCUACUACCACCAAAGCCAGUGCGGAAGUGACGACCCAGAAGAAUAGGAAGGAAUCUGAUAUAAGUGCAGGAUCGUCCCAAACACAAAUAAAACAGAAGAUAUUCAUCUACAUGGGCAUCGGUGUUCUGAUACUCAUAAUAUUAGUAGCCGCUCUCUUUGGGUUCCGCUACUAUUACUACGUUCGGCGAACGUCCGAGCACUCCAAAAACGGGGACAUGUUCACUACGGAACCACCGAACGUUUUCAGCGAUGGCGCGUCAGAUAUCGACAAUGAUAUUGACGUCAGCCACAUUUCUGGAACCUUCUACGAUCCUGUACAUCCUGACAUGAUUCUGUAUAGAGACUGUCCAGGGAACAAGGGUUCUAUCAGAGCCAUGAGGCCCCUCUCAACUAUAUACCCUUGUUCUGGAGUCAGUAUGUAUGGAAACGAAUACGUGCCUCCACCGAGAGUGAUUCAACCCUUGAUAGAAGAAGACGAGGGUAGGGUGCGGAGUCCAAAGAGUUUAGGUACCUACUCCAACUCGCAAUUAUAUUAUGGGUGACGGCAGGAGCCAGGGGGCAGCGAGGAUGCCUCCAGAACGUAUUGUUUUUGAUCCUGCUGAUAUAUUCUACGUGUAAAUAUGAGGAGGGGAUGAAAGGGUAAUUCGUAUUGUAAGACAGUCUAAAUGGAACGAAAAACGAGUUUUUAUUUCGAGUGAGCAAAAUUGCGGAGAUUUUUUGUUAAAAAGUUUUCUUAUCUGUGAGUUUUCUAUGUGGCCAAUGAGCCGUAGCUCAAGCUUGUGAACUUUGCAGACAGAGUGACAGGUGUCAAUAUACAACUUGAUUGAUUCGUCGGUUCAUUCGCGCCCAAUAUUGCUUGAGUUUUUUUUAUUGUAUGUUACUAUUGUUAGGCUGUAAGUAGUGGAAAUUACAGUGAUAUAAAUAUUUAGUUCUAUUAUUUUCCUAAAUAUUAAUGUAGGUAAAAGAUAUCAGCUGACUCGAAAUAAAAACUGGGUUAAGGAUGUGUAAAUACGGUCAACUAGGAUUGACAAUGGAUGUGUCUUUGAGCGAAUUUUUCUAUCUCUAUCACUCUAAAGUCGCUGACACAAGAGAGACAGAGAUAGUAGAAUCGAAUCAGUUGUGCAAUAGGUUCUGGGGUUACAAAGCACGAAUGUGUAAAAAUCAGCUGGUAAACAUAACUAUAAAUAAUAAUAUCAAUGUAUAGUCUACGAUUCAAGAAAAAUAAUAAACUUCCUAUUUUCUUUCCUCUAUCUCACUAAAUUAAAUAUUGCAAAUAUUUAGACGCACCUCUAUAAUGAAAUUAUUGUCAAAAAUAAAUAUCUACUAGCACGUACGUCAUGAAUAUAACAAGCUGUGAUUAAUAAUACGUUUAAAUAAUACGCAUUUAAGCUAUUAUACUGUUCAAAUGUAAUUUGUAAUUAUAAUCUAAGUACAUAAUAUAAAAAACUAAUCUGUGAAAUCAAUGUCAUUUAACUUUGGUUUCGUUACUUACUUUAGUUAGUACAUAAUUAUGAUUUUCAUUUAUAUGUUUCUGUAAAAAUCACAAACAAUUGUAAUCUUUUUGUAUUGUUUUUUUAAUAAAACAUUGCAAAGUU